GUGGGCAACUUGGAUAUAGAGGUCACGUGAUCAAUUUCCCGCAAGAUGUUCAAGGAUUUAUUACAAAGUUACCUCAGGAUCCGGCUACAAUUGAUACUUUAGUUGUUCGACGAACUGGUCAAAAUUAUUCUACAUUUCGUGACUUUAAAGUCAAACGUAUGAACAUCUUAGUAUGGUUAAA